CCAGAAUCCUCACCAUGAACAAACUCUGCUGUGUCCUUAUCCUCUUCUGCCAUUUCUAUGUUAACACAUUCUCGAGUGCAGUUUCUGGCGCAGGAGAUGCAAGACCAAAUACAUGUGAAUUCAAUGCCCUUUCCUGCCACAAAGUCUUCUGUGCUCCAUGGCAGAGGUGUGUGGCAGGGGUAUGUCGCUGUAAACUACCAUACCAGUGCCCAAAAAAUGCAACCACUGAGGUCUGCACAGACGGGAAAAGGAAACUGCAAAGCUACUGCCAGCUAAAAAGUGUUGAAUGUUCAAAUCCUUUAAAUUCCAAAUACAGAUUUUCUUCAGAAGCUCCUUGCACUGAAACAUUUACACUAACGCAGAAUGGAGAACCAGGCAAAGGGAUCAUAAAAGUGAAACUGCCAACAUUUGAACAGGAAUUGUUUCUAUGUGGAAAACAAUGGAGUAACAGGGAAGCCAAUGUAGUCUGCAGACAGCUUGGAUCUACCAAAGGCGCAGAUGCAUCAGCAUCAGACAAAGUUUUCUCUUUAGUAACUGAGAAGCCCCCAGAACAUUGCAUUCAAGCAACUUGUCGAGGACUGGAGAACAGCUUGGCCGAAUGUGCUCUAAGGAAGUUACCAAUGCAAGAUAACCAGGUUGCUAAAGUAACGUGUUAUACAGAAAACAAAGAUUGUGGCUCCGGUGAGUUUACAUGUUCAAAUGGCAAGUGCAUCCCCUCAGAACUGGCCUGUGAUAGUAAAAAUGAUUGUGGAGAUCUCAGUGAUGAACUUUGCUGCAAAAGUUGCAAUGCUGGCUUCCAUUGUAGAUCGGAUACCUGCAUCCCAGAGCAGUAUAGGUGCAAUGGAGAACUUGAUUGUAUUGGUGGAGAAGAUGAAUCAAAUUGUACAGUUGAACAAGAACAAAAAUCAGAAAAACAAGAGGAAGUUGAACAAAAGCAAACAUCAGAAAAACAAGAGGAAGACUUAGUACAAGAAUCCAAGGCAACGCAAGUGGAAGAGAAAGCGAAAAUUGUCAACUAUGACAUAGAUGCAGAAAGGAGACUCUUGAUGAAAAGUCUUCCAGAAUUAAGCUGCGGGGUUCCACCACAAACAGCUGCUCCGACAUUAACUCGCAAGAAAAGGGUUAUAGGAGGAACAAAUGCUAUAAAGAAUCAGUUUCCAUGGCAAGUAGCAAUCAAAGAUGGCACAGCUGUAAAUUGUGGUGGGAUUUAUAUUGGAGGCUGCUGGGUACUGACAGCGGCUCACUGUGUCAGGUCUAACCAACCCCAAAGAUAUCUCAUUAUGCUUGAACUGCUAGAUCGACUGUCUUAUGACAAAGACUUAGACAGUUUCCCAGUUAAAAGUGUCAUAGUUCAUGAGUUGUACAACCCCAACACAUAUGAAAAUGACAUUGCCUUGUUGGAAGUAAAGAACAUAUACAAUAAUCCCAAGUGCAUGCAGACUGAAAACAACAUGGUACCUGCCUGUGUCCCCUGGUCCCCAUUUCAGUUUAAGUCUGGUGACACAUGCACAGUCUCUGGAUGGGGACGGGAAAAAGGAAUGUCCAGAGUGUUUCACCUAAAAUGGGGACAUAUUAACCUAAUGGAUAAUUGUACAAGAGUUUAUAAGGAGCGUUUCCUUGACAAAAUGGAGUGUGCAGGGACUUAUGAUGGCUCCAUCGAUGCCUGCAAGGGGGACUCUGGGGGCCCUUUGGUGUGCUAUGAUGUUAACAAGGUUGCGUAUGUUUGGGGCAUUGUAAGCUGGGGAGAAAACUGUGGAGUUCCUGGUUACCCUGGUGUAUACACUAAAGUUGCUAAUUACUUUGAAUGGAUAGCACAUAAGGUUGGAAGAUCCCUUAUCUCAAAGUAUAAUGUCUAAGAUAUUAUCAUCAUUUGCUACUAUUCACUGGAAGAAUCUAUUUCAGCAUUACCAUGUAGUAUUUUUGUGCAAGUACAAUAAAUACAGAUACUCUGAUCU